AUGAAAGCAAGAAAAAAGUUUAUUGGACUUUCUGAAAGUUUCUGUCCUUUCGACAUAGAAGGCCAGAGUACAUCUGACAUCGAGGUUAUGGAGCAUAGGUUCCAGGGACGAGGAAGGAGAUUUGAAGAAGCACGCUCAUUAGAUGAAACUACAUAUGAAAAACUUGCUGAAGAAACUCUGGAGUUAUUAAUGGAUUUCUUUGAUGAUCUUCCAGACAAGUCUUUUACUCCUGAAGAUUAUGAUGUGUCCUCUGGGAGUGGAGUAUUGACAGUUAAACUGGGAGGAAACAUGGGGACUUACGUAAUCAAUAAACAGACACCAAACAAACAGAUAUGGCUGUCUUCUCCAAUCAGUGGUCCAAAAUGCUAUGACUGGACUGGAAAAAAAUGGGUUUAUUCUCAUGAUGGCAUCUCACUUCAUGAACUAUUAGUGAAGGAGCUGUCAGCUGUAUUAAAAACCACAUUGGACUUAUCAACUUUGGCAUAUACUGGAAGAGAACAUGCUUGACAAUAUGUCUUAAAGAGGUCAAAGACUUUGGACUUUUAACUCACUGGUCUUCCUUCUUCCACCACCAGCUUCCAUUUUGGAUGUGUUAAUUAAAAUUGAAGUUGCAAUUGUUAAGGUAAUGUUACUUUUUAUA